AUGUCACAGGACAAAAAGAUCCAAAUCGGGGAAAUCCUGCAUACCUAUGAUAUAGACAUAUUCACAAUCAUGGAAGCCAACCUUACGGAUGACAAACUCAAAUACUACCAUUUCCCAGGUUUCACCUUGUAUCUUCCACCUAAAGACCGGCAAGUAGAAAGUGAAAUUUUGACUGGAGAAAAAGAAGGCCUCACCUCACAUUACGAUCCAGACUGGAGUAAUAAAGAUGGACUCACCUCACACUACGACCUAUCUGGAGUAAAAGAAGGCCUCACCUCACACUACGAUCUAAUUGGAGAAAAAGAAGGCCUCACCUCACAUUACGAUCCAAUCAAGAGUAUGGGCUCGACACAAGACAUAUGUGAAAUAAUCAGAUUAAUUGUUUGGAAAUGUCAAAGCCACUUCACAGUAUAUGCGAUUUAUAAUCCACCCCAGAAUAGUCCCAAAUUUGAUCUUCUGAACAUCUCGCACCUCAAUAGUCCCAAAUUUGAUCUUCUGAACAUCUCGCACAAAACUGUAGUAUUAGGACACUUCAACGCCCAUUCCACCAGACGGGGCUAUAAGAAUACAAGCAUAACUGGAAAUGAAAUUAAAGACUUGCUUAACAGCAAUCCUCUAGAACUCAUUUACAGCAAUGCGGAUCAUGCUACAUACCUGCAUUACAAUGGAACCAGAACAACUCCUGACUUACUCUUGGCUUCAAGAGACAUCAAUGAGCAAACGCACCUCAAAAUAAUUGAUGAUCCUUGUUCUGGUCACAAACCAGUCAUUUCUAGUAUUGCCAUCGGCAGCAAAAGCAUGACAACGAAAGAGAAUGAACUUCACACAAGUCCCCUCAAAUUCAACCAACAUCCUGACAAACUUUGCGAUGAAAUCACGAAUAUUAUGAUCAGAUGUGCAAAGAAAACUAUUUUCCGAGGCAAGACCAAAACACUAUUGAGUGUUUUGGUCUGA